AUGUCCGACGACGACUCUCCCUGGAUGGACGACGAGCCCUACGCGGCGCACGACGGCGCUGCCACUCCGCCCAGCUUGAUCUCUCAGCAAGAGUGGGACAAGCUCUCGACCCGGUUCUCCGACGCCGGCUACCGCGACGGCAUCACCCAGGGCAAGAACGAGCGCCUCCAGGCCGGCUUCGACCAGGGCUUCGCGCUCGCCGCCCCGUACGCUCGCGAGCUCGGCGCGCUGCGAGGCAUGGCCGCCACCCUCCUCGCCCUCCUCACCGUCCCGACCGCCAACGCCAAGAAGCACGCCGGCCCCGUCCUCGACGCCGCCCUCGCCUCGUCCGGCGGCCCUCCCGCCGCUGCCGCCGACCGCAUCGUCGCCGAGCUGCGCGACGUCGUGAGCGCACUCGCACGCCUCGACGCCGUCAAGGUCAUGCCCGUCGACGAGGAGGCCGAGGCCCACGCGCGCGAGCACGCCGACGAGGGCAUCAGCGAGGUCCUGCGCGAGCGCCGCGAGAUGCGCGCCGUCGAGGACAUGAUGAGCGGGCUUGGCGGCGGCGAGGGCGGCGAGACGAGGAAGGAGGGCGGCGAGACGACGGGCGAGGCGCAGGUCGCCGAGUGCAGGAGGCGCCUCGGCGACGUCUUGAAGGCGUUCGGGCUCGAGGGCGCGCUCCCGCCGACCCGCUCUUGA